AUGCAGGAGCAAGCAGAACAAGACAGGCUAGCCAAGACGACGAAACAGAUGACCAAGGAGGAGGUCAUGCAGUUGUUUGACGAGCAUGAGCGGCGAUGGGCCCGCUUAACGUCGAUGGACUACCUCACUUGGAAUUCCUUCCCAUGGCCGGUACUGCGACCGCCGAAGGAGCCGGACGAUUUGACUGUAUAUGCUAUCGAUGCAUACGUCCUGUCGCCUCAUAAUCCGAAGGACGCUGGGAAAUCCUCGAAAGACCGCAUCAAGGAGCACAUCAGACGGUGGCAUCCGGACCGGUUCGAGACGAAGCUCUUGUGCAAGGUGCGGGAUGACGAGCGCGAGAAGGUCAAGCAAGGCGCAGGCCUUGUCGCGAGGAAUUUGAACGAGCUGCUGACACGCCAGUCAAGAGCCAACAAUGACUUCAUUUCAUAA